GUGAACCACCUCCAACAAAUCCCCAACAAACCCCUGCUGCUCAUCCGAUCGAGAGCUUCCUGCUCCCUUCUGUUCGCGUACCACUCGCAACGUCCGUCUGAGCAUUACUAUUAGUGCGCGCGCUAUCUAGCUAGUGUGGAGCCGUGGCAACGAGCAGAGGUGCCUAGCUCAUCGAUCAACAAGUGAGUAGCACCAUGGCAGACAAGAAGAAGGUGGAGGUCAAAGAGACGAAGGUGGAGGUGAAGACGGCCGUCUACAAGGUGUACGUCCACUGCGGCCAGUGCGCGCGCGACAUCCAGACGCAGUUCACCGAGUUCCAAGGGGUUGAAGAGGUGAAAGUGGACGCCGGGGCAGGGAAGGUGACAGUGAAGGGCUUCGGCUUUGAUGUCGAGAAGCUGAGGAAGAAAGUCGAGAAGGGUUGCCGGAAGAAGGUCGAGCUGAUUCCGCCCGCGCCUCCCAAGGACGACAUGGUCGUUGAUGUCAAGACCAAAAAGGAGGAGCUCAAGGUCAUAACUGUAAAGCUGCCGUUGCAUUGCCCCGAUUGUGCAGUCAGGGUCAAGGAGGUUUUACUUGAGAACAAGAGUAUCUACGAGGCCAAGACAGAUCUCGGCAAGAACACGUGCACCAUCGAGGGUGUCAUUGAGGAGGACAAGCUCGUCAAGUACAUCUACGAGAGGAUGCGCAAGAAGGGCGUUGUCGACAAGGUCGAGAAGAAGGUGAUCAUCAAGGAGGAAAAGGUCUUAGUGAAGAAGGCGGAUAAGGAGAAGGAGAAGAAGGAGAAGGAGAAGGAGAAAGAAAAGGAGAAGGCCAAGGAGAAGGUGAAGGAGGCUGUCGACAAGGUCAAGGAGGUCAUCGCCCCCUACUUCAUCCCCUGCACGCACCCGAACUUCGUCGACUACUCGCACCCCUGGCACCGCGGCGGCGGCGGCUACUGCUCGUCGUACGGCGACGGUUACGGCUACGGCUACGGCGGGGGCUGCGGAGGGUACCCACCGUACGGUUUCAGCUACACACACUCUGAGCUCAAAGGCUACCAUGACACGUCGUUCUUGCACUGCACACACCCCAAUGAGUUCAUCAGCGAGGAGAACCCCUACGCGUGCGCUGUGAUGUAGCCUUCUUUUUUUGCGCUUGGAUUCAAGUCGAAUAAUUUGAACACUAAGAACAACACCAACGUACGGAUGGCUCAAAUUUUCUCUUGCUUCGGCUCAGAUUUGUUAUUAGCUUUGCAUUAAUUGUGUCUGCAACCAGUCUGAAGUCUACUGUAUAGUAGUAAUAGUACUAUACUAGACCAAUUACAGUAGCCAGCUAGCUAUGAAACUUGAUCCUUCUUCCAAGCAAAUCUUUCAGGUUUUCCGGCUGAAAUGCUUACAGCUGGCUUA